AUGAGUUGUCGUAACUGCGGCACGAGCACCACACCUCUUUGGCGUAGAGACGAAGAAGGGAGGCCUCAGUGUAAUGCAUGUGGCCUUUAUCAUAAACUUCACGGCGUCCCACGUCCUGUCGCCAUGAAGAAAACUGUCAUCAAACGCCGAAAACGG